CUUGAUUACAGUUUGUGAAAUACACAUACACGAUCCCUCAUACAGGAAUGCAGCAGCGGUAUCCAGCCGCAAUUAAAACCUAGUACUCCCACCAGUGAUUUCACCAACCAUGGAUGGCUUCAGACAGGAGGAUGUGGAACAGUACUAUGACAUGGGAGAAGAGCUGGGCAGUGGACAGUUUGCCAUUGUCCGUAAGUGCAAGGAGAAGAGCUCAGGAAACGAGUACGCUGCUAAGUUCAUCAAAAAACGCCGCCUCUCAUCCAGUCGGAGAGGAGUGAGCCGUGAGGAGAUCGAACGGGAAGUCAAUAUCCUCCGUGAGAUUCAGCACAGCAACAUUAUCACGCUACACGACAUCUUUGAAAACAAAACAGACGUGAUCCUGAUCCUGGAGCUGGUGUCCGGUGGGGAGCUCUUUGACUUUUUGGCUGAGAAAGAGUCACUGACGGAGGAGGAGGCCACUGGGUUUCUCAAACAGAUCCUAGAUGGAGUUCACUAUCUGCACUCCAAACGCAUCGCGCACUUUGACCUCAAGCCUGAAAACAUUAUGCUGUUGGAUAAAAAUGUCCCUAAUCCCAGAAUCAAACUCAUCGACUUUGGAAUUGCUCAUCAGAUCAAAGCUGGCAAUGAGUUCAAGAACAUUUUUGGGACACCAGAGUUUGUCGCUCCAGAAAUAGUGAACUAUGAGCCGCUGGGAUUGGAGGCCGACAUGUGGAGCAUUGGGGUGAUCACAUACAUUUUGCUGAGUGGAGCAUCUCCAUUUUUGGGGGAAACAAAGCAGGAGACUCUGACCAACAUCUCGGCUGUGAACUAUGACUUUGAUGAAGAGUAUUUCAGUAACACAAGUGAGCUGGCCAAGGACUUCAUACGCCGCCUGCUGGUCAAAGAUCCAAAGAAGAGAAUGACAAUAGAUGAUAGUCUUGAACAUCCAUGGAUUAAGGUCAUUAAGAGGAGGAAUGUUCGCCAGGAGGAGCGUGACACCAAGACCGAGCGCCGCCGCCUGAAGACCACUCGUCUAAAGGAGUACACCAUCAAAUCCCACUCCAGCAUGCCCCCCAACAACACCUACAUCAACUUCGAGCGCUUCUCCCAAGUCCUGGAGGAGAUCGCCGCUGCCGAGGAGGGCUUACUAGACCUGGAACGAAACCAGAAAUCCUGCAGAGAUGAUGUGGCUGCCCUGUUGUCCAUUUACGAAGAAAAGGAGAGCUGGUACAAGGAGGAAAACCUGAGCAUUUCAACUGAUCUUAAUCACAUCAGGCAGGAGCUACAGCGCACCCAGGCCCAGCGCAAGAAGAGCCAAGAGGAAACUCGUCUAACCAUGCAAUCGGCCAAUAUCUUAAAGAGGAAGUUCAGUCGUUUGGAGAACCGCUAUGAGGCACUGGCAGAGCAGGUGGCAUCAGAGGUGCGCUGGGUGGAAGAGCUGGUUAAGUCCAUAGCAGUGGAGAAGCAGAGUUCAAGCAGCAUGCCAUAAGUGCAAUGUAAGAAUCUUAAUCAAUAGACAUUUACAUCUUUCAAGUAUUGGCCGACCCGCGUCACAAAUGGGGCUAGUAUACAUGUAUAGAGCAUGGGUUUGUGUUGAGAUUUGGGAGUUUUUAAAAUGUGUUUUAUUUUAUUGGACAGUAAGCACAUGGAAUAGGGGUGAAGAGUGCAGAGAGACAUUAAGCUAAUUACAGAACUUUUUGGCAUAAAAUGGUUAACAAAUAAAAUAUAAAGCUAUUUUCUGUCAUUCCAAGCUUUUAUAUGCACCCUAUUUACGUUUCUAUACACAAAACUUGAAAUUAAAAUCUAACUAAUAACAUAAUAAUUAGCCAACCACAUUCAUAGAUAUUCAUUGUUAGGUUUCUUUACACUUAUGUGAUUGGGAAAAAAAAACAUAUAUUUUUGUCAACUGAAAUACAAAAUGACACAAAAAUUGACAAAUUCCUCCCUAUUAAAUUGUUAUGCUUUAGUAGUAAGUGAUAAAUAUGAAGGAAGAUGAGAGGGGAAUAUAGGUGGGCAUUUAUGGAAGUAGUCAUAGAGGAUUUAAGUUAAUUGUUGUGAGAAAAGAGGAGGCAGAAGGAGAGGGAGAAAGUCAGAUGGAGGCUGGAGAUUUGAGAUGAGAAUUUCUGGAAGUAAUGGGCAAAAAUUACCUGUGCUACCCUUAAAACAUUUAGUUGAGCCUUAUUUUGCUAAUCUUUAUUACUUUUACUUCAAUUAAUUCAAAUUUCAAUACAAACCCGCAGUACUAGCCCCAAACCAUCUGUUGCUAUAGUUAGUGCGGGUCCGAUGUCAUAUUAAACUACUCUGCUGCUGUCUAUUCACAAUCACUACACCUCUCUAUAACACCAGAGGCCAGCACGAAACCUUGGGAAAAAAAUCAUUCCUCUUUUAUAACUUAUUUAUGAUUUUUUAAAGAUUUUAUGUACUGUAAAAUUUAGAUUAGUUACUGUUAUUUUGUAUUUUGUUUAAAUCAUUUUCGAUUUCAGAUUAUGUGGUGCUGUUUCAAACUUCUUUUCUCUCGGAUAUUUUGGUUCUUCAUUGACAGGUUUUCAUUGAUAUCAGGGCUGUUUAUUGUUUAUAUUGCACUCUGUUAAGACUGAACGUUGCAGUGAUUUCCAACUGAUAAGAAGGGGCACAGAAAGGAUGAAAAUACACUGACUGAAAAUGAUGCAACCAAAUUAAAAUACACGUGCCAUAAACUUUGCAGUCAACUGUUCAUUUUCCCCAUUGACUUUUUCCAAAAAAUCUUGUGAUCCUAAGAUAUGCAGUUUUGUGUUUGAUAAAUGUCAUGUAUAUAUUUCAAAAUUAAAGAAUUAAAGAUGCACAAUUUAACUUUUCUGGAGGGUGCGCUACCUGUUUGCCUUCAUAGUAUGGCAUUAAACUUUUCUCUUUAUGGAGAUAAUGAAAAAUUUGGAUAGCAAUUGACCUUUUAAGACAAAAUAUGACAUCUUAUGAUCAAUGAAAAGUCCUCAAAAUGUCACCUCUAACAGGAAGCUGCAACUCAAUCAGUUGAAAACCACUGUAGUAAAAAUAUGCAAAUUUGUUCAAUACAAGAAAGACAUUUAUCAUUACAGUGCCUCUUAAUGAGUUAACCUCAAUGCCUGUGUAACCACCAACUAUCUCAUCCAUAACUUUGAACAUUUGCACAAUAGCCUCGCAAUACCAAAAAGUGAGCAUGCAAUCUGUAUGUAAUGACUAUGUUGGCAUUUCUAGUUCAUUUUCACCAUCUCUGGACCAUAGACGUACUGUAUCCUAUUGUAUUUGUCUAAGCGUUAUAGACUUUAGACAUUCCAUUGGGACUUGACAUCCAGGCAGCACAUUCCCCAUUUAGAGUGAGCAUAGAGAGUAUUUUUCAUCAGACAAAUGUAAAUGCACUUAUAGAGAGUAAACUGUAUUUUAUUCAGAGCUGUAACUAAGAGCUGUGACUGUCUCGACUUGUUUCAAAUAAACAAAAGUAAAUCAACAAUA